AUGAACGAGAAAGAUUGGGAUCUUGCAGUGAAAUUGCGUGGACGAAGCUUCCAACGCAAUCUUGAAACCUACAAAUUACUAACAAAACUGCGUACAGUGGAAAAAGACAAUCUUUCCGGUGGUCAGAAUUUCAACGUUGCAGUGAUGAACGUCGGUGCUCCUGCUGGAGGUAUGAACGCAGCUGUACGAUCAUUUGUGCGUAUGGCGCUGUACCAUCACUGUACAAAAUUCCAAUGGGGAGACGUGACCAACUGGGUGAUGCAUGGCGGCUCAUUCCUGGGCACUCAAAAGCAACUUCCCAACGAAAAGAACGUUCCACUAAUUGCAGAACAGCUCAGAAAGCAUAAUAUUCAAGCCCUUCUGCUUGUCGGAGGAUUUGAGGUGGUAUUUUCUUUUUUUUUCAUUUGUUAA